AUGAGCGCCCGCGGAGGCGUCGUGCGAGCGCCUCGAGCGAGGGCGACGAACGUCUCUGCCAGACGACGAUCGAGGACGAUCGAGAGACGGGGUUGGAGUCGCGCUCGCGCUGAGGCGAGCGUGGAGAGCUCGGAGAGAGCGUGGCGCGGCGUUCCAGGGAGCGAUACAGACGUCGUCGUGGACGUGCAUGAUGGGAAAGAGUGGUACACGUUCAAACGAGGCGAGGAUACUUCGUGGUUGGUGGAACAAGCGGGAAUAGACAUGGCGAAGUUGAGAGAGCUGAACCCGCACGUGGACCUGUCAACGACGUUUCCAGGCGACAGAGUUGUCAUCCGUUCUGCGCAGGAUUUGAAGCCGAGCUAUCGUACUAUGGUCGCGGUGGUGGGUCAACCUACUCCUACCGCUUUCGUGGCGGCCAAAUCGCUGAGUUGGAGCUCACCUCUCGCCUACACAGGAGUGCUCAUCGCUGGCAUAAUUACUGGAGCAGCGUUCUCCGGUAGAGGAACGAAAGUGUCCGCGAUGUUCACGUCUAUCAAAUCUACGCUGGACUCGGAUCUGAAGAAAAAAAACGAAGAAAUAACAAAUCUUCAAACGCAACGAGAUGCGGUCGAAAGAGAGCUCGGCGAGGCUCGGGAAAAAUGGCAGCGGAACGAGCGGUCAAUUUUUAACUUGCAACAGCUGCUGGAGAGUGCGACAAAAUCAGACGCUUCGUUGAAAGAGCAAAUCUCCCUUCUAAAAGGGUCGCUGGAUUCCAAAAAUGUCGAUUAUCUACGACUAGAGACGUCUAAUGCUAAAGGCGAAGAGCUUCUUGAACAGUACAAGAGAGAUCUCGCGAACUCUGAAGCCGAGCUGGACACACUUCAAGAAGCUGUGCACAACUCUGCGUCUGAACUCAAAGACACGAAGUCGCAAGCAGCUCAGUAUGAAAAACAAGCUCAAGCUUACAGAGAAAAGGUGAUUGAUAUGGAAUCCGAGCUCAUGGCACUGAGAGGCAUCAGCGAUGAAUACUCGGAUGAGGCGCUUGCUGCAAAAGAAGCAUACAAGCAGACGCUGAGCGAAAUCGCCAGUCUGAAAGAUGUCAACGACAAGCUCGAACGAGCGCUUACCAAGGAGAGCGAGCAGGUGACUCUUGCGUUGAAUCAACUGGAUACGUACAGAAAAGAUAUGGAAAGACUCGAGCUCGAGCUCGCGGCUUCCAGAGAUGACGUUUCUGAGCUAACCGCUAACAUCACAAGCGCAAACACGCAAGUUGGCGAGCUUGAAUCUGAACUCGAAACCUCCCGAUUAGAGGCAUCGGCAUAUUCAAGCGAUCUAAUUUCCGUCAAGGAGGAACUCAAAGCCGCUACGUCUGAGUUGGAAACUGUCAAAAGUGACCUGCAAUCGUUCCAGUCGCAUCAACAAACUCAAGUAUCUGAAUACGAGGAGAGCAUCAAAUUAUACCAAGCAAAGUUGAGUGAGGCCGAAUCAACGCUGCAGAACGCUCAAAACGAGGCCAACUCGCACAUUGUUAAUCUAUCUGCGACUCGAGACGAACUCAAAGGUGUCAGAGAGGAAUUGUCCUCGAUCGUGAAUGAGCUCAAGGCAGUGACGGGCGAGAAGUCAAAGUUGGCCGAAGAGCUUGAUAGCCUUCGAGUUGAGUAUGACAAAGUGCGAGGUCAGCUUGAGACGGCCAAAGGCGAGAUGUCGUCUACGUCGGAUGAGUUUGAUAUCGUGCGUAGUAAGCUUGAUUCCGUCCAGGCAGCUCUCAAUGCUGCUCAACAGGAGGCAUCGCAAAACAAGGGUGAACUGGAUGCUGCUCGCGAUGAAUCCUCUACGCUUUCACAAGAAGUCACUGGCCUGCGGAUUAAGGUCGAGGAGCUUGAAGGAGUGCUCGUAUCGAAGGAUCAAGAAACAUCAGGCUUGUCCGUUGAACUUGUCGGUCUGAAGAACAAGUUGGGAAUGGUUGAGCAAACCCUGCAAGAAGCGCGCGCAAAGGUAUCUGUACAAGCUGACGAGCUCGCACGCGCGAACGCUGCUCUUGAGAGUGAGAUGAAGGAGAAGAAACUCUUUGAAGAGCAGAUGUCGAUGGAGCGAGAACAAGUUUCUCAGCAAGGCAUGGAAGCGUCUCAAGAAGUGGAGCGGUUGACGGAGGAGCUCGCACGCGCGAACGCUGCUCUUGAGAGUGAGAUGAAGGAGAAGAAACUCUUUGAAGAGCAGAUGUCGAUGGAGCGAGAACAAGUUUCUCAGCAAGGCAUGGAAGCGUCUCAAGAAGUGGAGCGGUUGACGGAGGAGCUCGCACGCGCGAACGCUGCUCUUGAGAGUGAGAUGAAGGAGAAGAAACUCUUUGAAGAGCAGAUGUCGAUGGAGCGAGAACAAGUUUCUCAGCAAGGCAUGGAAGCGUCUCAAGAAGUGGAGCGGUUGACGGAGGAGCUCGCACGCGCGAACGCUGCUCUUGAGAGUGAGAUGAAGGAGAAGAAACUCUUUGAAGAGCAGAUGUCGAUGGAGCGAGAACAAGUUUCUCAGCAAGGUAUGGAAGCGUCUCAAGAAGUGGAGCGGUUGACGGAGGAGCUCGCACGCGCGAACGCUGCUCUUGAGAGUGAGAUGAAGGAGAAGAAACUCUUUGAAGAGCAGAUGUCGAUGGAGCGAGAACAAGUUUCUCAGCAAGGCAUGGAAGCGUCUCAAGAAGUGGAGCGGUUGACGGAGGAGCUCGCACGCGCGAACGCUGCUCUUGAGAGUGAGAUGAAGGAGAAGAAACUCUUUGAAGAGCAGAUGUCGAUGGAGCGAGAACAAGUUUCUCAGCAAGGCAUGGAAGCGUCUCAAGAAGUGGAGCGGUUGACGGAGGAGCUCGCACGCGCGAACGCUGCUCUUGAGAGUGAGAUGAAGGAGAAGAAACUCUUUGAAGAGCAGAUGUCGAUGGAGCGAGAACAAGUUUCUCAGCAAGGCAUGGAAGCGUCUCAAGAAGUGGAGCGGUUGACGGAGGAGCUCGCACGCGCGAACGCUGCUCUUGAGAGUGAGAUGAAGGAGAAGAAACUCUUUGAAGAGCAGAUGUCGAUGAUGCGAGAACAAGUUUCUCAGCACGGUGCUGAAUCGACUCAGAAGUUGACACGACUGUUGGACGAACUGAGAGAUGCACAGAUGGCGUUGUCGAAGGCGAAAGAUGAGGCAGAUGACUAUCGUACCUCCGCAGAAGGUUAUAAGGAGAGUCUUGAAGCUGCGCGACUGGAAAUCAAUUCGUUGCUUAAUGAAACAGCAAGCUCCCUCUCGAGUGACGCGUCACACGACAAGGAAGUGGAGGCACUGCGGAGAGAACUUGAGACCCUUCGAGUGAAAGCCGCCGUGAGUGCCGAGGAAGCUGGAAAAUACCAGGCUGAACUGCUAUCUGCUCGAGCUGAGGUAUCAAAUAUUUCUGCUCGACUCUCGCAGGAGACAAACUCUGCCGAUUCUGACGCGAUCGCCCGCAUGGAACAGCAAAUCGUGGCGGCGAAUGAGCGGGCAGAUCGCUAUAAGAAUCGUCUGCUCGAACUUGAGGAGAGCAUGGAGAGUAAGUUACAGUCGCUUACGGAGACGCUCUCCGAUAUUUCAGCAGCACCACAAAAGUCACCGAUCUCGUACUCAACGGAGUCUAAUCUCCACGAGGCUAGAACGGCUGUAAACCUUACACUAGCGCAGAUUCAACAGAUCGUGAUGAAGAUGCGGCAGCAGGCGCGAGGUGAGUUAUUCACGUGCGCAGUUUCGUGCGAAUUCCGAGUACAUAAAGAGGUCGGCGAGCAUGAAUUCCUUGUUCUGGUGGGAAGCUGGAAUGACUGGGAUGUUCAAACGAGUGACUACAUGGAGCACGGCGUAGAUGGCAAAUGGCACGUGACCCUAUCGCUCUUCGCCGACGAACCUCACGAAUACAAAUAUUGCGUCUGUAGAUUGAACGAGCACGGGAAGCGUGUUCCAGUUGAGUGGCAAGUCGGACACAAUCACGCAUUCGCGUUCGACUCGAAUCUCAUCACUACACAGGGCAUGCAGCCCAGAGCGCAGAUCAGAGACCACUUUUACGCUGAUCCGGCCGCGACGCCGAUAAUCCUCUUCGGACCUCAUGGCGAAAAGUAUGAGACUGGCAGCACAGCGCUCAUGUCUGGACUGUCGAACCACCUUGCGGAAGCGGGCUUCGAAGCGGUGCGGCAGAAUCUUGAGCGUCUCAGUUUGAUAUUAUCGAAUUCGUCAGAUUCCUCGUCGAAACAGCUUGAUUCCUAG